CAACCUUGACUGCAAAUAAAGAAACAACCAGCGGGGCGCUUGAUUUGCUUUUUGGUAGGUCCAGAGGUGGGGACGAGCAAAAAAUAAAUUAAUAUAGAGAGUGGCUUCUUCCUUAUUCACAGUUGCAGCUUUGCAUUGAUAGCGAACGGAUCCAGAAUGCCGGUUUUGGAGGUUUUUAUGAUGAAGGGAAGCCCUCCCAGCUAUGCCGUUUUGGCUCUGUUAAAGGAGAUAAAAACUCCGUACAAAGCAACCGAACUGUCAUUUUUUGAUGGGGACCAUUUGAAAGAGGAGCACGCUAAACGGAACCCGCAGAAAGAAGUGCCUGUCAUCAAAGACGGCGACUACAUUCUCUGUGAAAGCAUUGCGAUUUUGCAAUACCUCGCUGAUGCGUACGGAAAGAGCUACCCGGAUCUGUUCCCCGCAGAUCCAAAACGCAGAGGCAUCGUCAACCAACGUUUGGCUUUCAACCUUUGUAAUUUCUACCCGAAUAUUUCCACUUACACAUUUGGAGAUGUGUUUGGCAUUCCAAACGCAGCAGCACUGAAAUCUAAGGCAGAGAGGUCCCUCCUUGUUCUUGAGACGAUUUUAAAAGAUCAAGACACGAAAUUUGCAGCUGGAGAUGAGUUCACAAUUGCCGACAUUGGAUUGCUGGCAGCCGCGCUUUGCUUGGAGGCAGCAGAAUUUAACUUUUCGCCAUACCCGCGCAUCGCCAAGUGGUAUGGGGCAUGCAAAAACCGUCCAGCGUGGGAGGAUUUGAAGGUCUGUCGCGAUGACUUGCAUCAUUUCUUACAAAAUCCUCCAAACAAGGAUGCAAUCGCCGAGCUCGAGAAAAAAAAGAAUCUCAGCUUCCAGCAGUGAUCAUAUUAAUGGCCAUAUGUACACAAUUUCCGUUUUGUUGUUAGCAAAAAUCAUGAGAAUAUAUGUAAUAUUUUAAUUGUUUAAUAAUCGUUCGUUUUUAUACUAACAACAAAUAAAGGUUUCAGUUUAUCAAAUCAA